AUGGGCCCCCCCUCCAGGGAAUGCUGCCUCUACAAGCGGGCUGCUGUAAGGGCACCAUCCCCUGUUGGCACACGCUUUGCCUACCCCGGGUUUGGCACCACACUUGCCAUGACAAAAAAGAAGAACCCAGACUGGUUCAGUAAGGGGAUUACUGCCACAGCUGCUUUACCAGAGAGUGGUUCAUCGCUGGCCUUACGAGCCCUAGGAUGGGGCUCACUCUAUGCGUGGUGUGGAGUCGGAUUGCUCAGCUUUGCCAUCUGGAAGGCUCUGGGUGUGCACAGU